GGACUUCGCGUUGUUAAUAAUGAAACUAAUUCUAGAGAAAGUCUAUAACUUCAAGAAUACUUAUAAUUGAUCUUUUACAAAAACUUAUAUGCACGCUGAAAGGGUGAAUGAAACUUCAACAGAAAUUUCAUGUGAUGUGAUAAGGGAUUGCUUAGAACAGCGUAAAGCGGAUGUAGCAGGAUUGUAUCAACCUUUAAACCCAUCAAUGAACGAAAUUCAACAGGCUAUUACCAAAUGUAUUGAAGCUUGUUUAAGUGAACAAAAAAGGGGGAUGGAAAUUGGAUCAAAAACUAAGUUGAUAGUUAAUGAUUUAACUACUCUAAGAAAGUUACUUGGUUAUGGUUGCGUAUCAUUUAAUAGUUUUUUAGAAACCAUUAUUACAAGUCAAACUCCCACUUCUGCUUUAUCACAACAACAAGAAUCUCCUUGGUUAUCUUUGGAUGCUGUGGCGAAAAGAUGUGUAUUCGUUCGUACAUCAACUACAAAUCCUACAGAUAAUACUCAAAAAAAUUCUUAUUCAAACAUAUCCGACAUCAAAAUUACCUCCGGAUAUACAGCCUAUAUAACAAGUCACGCUACUGAAACUUCAAGAAAUUCUUCCGAAGAAGAUUUAGAUCAUUUAAACAAUACUAUAUUGAUAAUGAUGGAAAAUGAAAGGGAAUAUUCACAACUAAGGGAGUAUUUAUCAACUAUGCAUAUUGCUGAAAGACAAGGAUUGGAUAAAAGUAGUAUUAUGUUGGAAAGAUUACUAAAAAAUUAUUUAAAUGGAAAAGUGGAAUGAGUAAAGUGAGUAAAAAUUUGUUUAAUGAAAAUGGUAAAGAAAGAU